CAAGCACACAACAAACAAUAAACAGGUUGUGUUGUCAAUAGCAGUGGCAGAAUAAUUAUGCUAACUGUAUCGAUUAUUAUGCGUAAUGGAGCAUGAUGGAUCGAUUGUGACUUGUAACGAUCCGGUGGACGGACAGAUCGGUGACUGUGUUUUGUCUGUUAGGUGCGUGAACACUAUCUGUGUCUACAAAAAUGUGCAUGGAAGGAUAUACUAGUGGUGGUAGUAGUAGCAGCGAUGUUAGUGAAUCGUGAAAUCACAUAACCCGCCGUUCAAAUGAAGUCACGGAAGAAGUCACAUCAUCGAUAGAAGCAAACCUACCCCCUUCCUGCCGCCUCCUUACCUCACAUAACCUAUUAAUCUAAGCAUCAUCUUCGACAAUGGACCGCGCCAGUAGGAACGCUUCACAGCAACAACAGGACCAAUGGACGCGGAAUAUCUCUGGACAGAACGCGGCCAUGGCCAACGAAUACUUCGAGCAGUUUGUCAAUGCGUCCAGCUUAAAGCACAUCCUUGGAUAUUAUAGAGGAUUAAUCGACAACCUUCACUUGCGGCCAACCGUAUUCACCCAAUUCUACCCGAAACUCAGAGCGAACUUGACAUCGUGGCGAGCGAAAGCACUAUGGAAGAAAUUCGAUGCCAGAGCGUCCCACAAGUGUUACAGCAAGGGACGCGCAGCUCCAAACACCAGGGUGCUCAUCAUAGGAGCUGGGCCUUGCGGUUUGAGGUCAGCUAUCGAGGCCCAGCUUUUGGGUGCCAAAGUGGUUCUGGUAGAAAAGAGAGAUCGGUUCAGCCGCAACAAUGUUCUUCACCUGUGGCCCUUUGUGAUAGAAGAUUUGCGCAUGUUAGGUGCUAAGAAAUUUUUUGGAAAAUUUUGCGCGGGAGCUAUAGAUCACAUUAGUAUUCGGCAGCUGCAGUGUAUUCUCCUAAAGGUGGCGCUGUUGCUAGGAGUAGAGGUACAUACAGAAGUUGGAUUUGAAAGGCUAAUUGAACCACAGCCCGAUGAAAAAAUCGGUUGGAGGGCGGAAUUGGAUCCACCUGAUCAUCCUGUGUCUCAGUAUGAAUUCGAUGUGAUAAUAGGAGCUGAUGGUAAACGGAAUACGCUACAAGGCUUCACUAGAAAAGAAUUCAGAGGAAAAUUAGCAAUAGCAAUUACAGCGAAUUUUAUAAACAAAAAGACAGAAGCCGAAGCUAGAGUAGAAGAAAUUAGUGGUGUAGCUUUUAUAUUCAACCAAAAAUUCUUUAAGGAAUUGCAUGAAACGACACGAAUUGAUCUCGAGAAUAUCGUCUAUUAUAAAGACGACACCCACUACUUUGUGAUGACUGCAAAAAAGGCAAGUCUCUUGGAAAAAGGCGUCAUCAAGCAGGACCUUGCCGAUACUGAAAAGCUUUUAGCACCGGAUAACGUAGAUCGAGAUGCCUUAGAAAAUUACGCAAUAGAGGCAGCUAACUUCAGUACAAACUACCAACUGCCAGAUUUGGAAUUCGCCGUAAAUCACUAUGCUCAGCCAGAUAUAGCUAUGUUCGACUUCACUUCAAUGUAUGCCGCUGAAAAUGCUUCUAAAGUAUUGGAAAGGAAUGGUCACAAAUUAUUGAUGAUACUCGUCGGAGACAGUUUACUUGAGCCUUUCUGGCCAACGGGUUCAGGUUGUGCCAGAGGUUUUCUGUCAUCGUUGGACGCAGCUUGGGCCAUCCGAGGAUGGGGCUCGUCAAGUCGGACAUCCCUAGACGUCAUCGCAGAACGGGAGUCAGUUUACAGGCUCUUAGCUCAAACGACGCCAGAUAACUUAAAUAAAGACUGGAAAUCGUAUACGUUGGAUCCUUCUACCAGGUAUCCAAAUCUAAAUAAGGUUGCUGUUACUCCCAGGCAAGUAGCGUGUCUUUACGAUACAGACGAUGCUGCAAGCCUGGAAAGAAUGCUCAAAAGGAAUGCCGUCGAAAAGACACCCAGCGAGAGUGCUUCUAAAAAGAGGAGGCGUGGUAAUGUGGAUAAUGAAGUUCUGCUCACGUGGCUUUCUAAACAGCUGAAAAGUCACGAAGAUAUUCAGCUGACAAACUUCGCCUCCAUAUUCAAAGACGGUAACAUUUUAUGUGCAAUAAUUCAUCACUACCGACCAGAUUUGUUGGAUUACAACACCGUCAAGUCUGAAGAACCAGCUGUGAAAAAUCAACUAGCCUUUGAUAUCCUAGAAAAGGAAUUAGGUAAGCAUCUUGCUUGUUGAUCUAUGUUGAUAAUCACCUGAAGGCACAAGUAACUGGAAAAUA